CAAAAUGUUUCAGAAUUUUUCUUAAAGAACUACAUACAAAGGAAUUUCAAGAGAAUAAUUUGCCGAAAGAAAUGAAACUAUAGAUUAUGAUCGAGUCAGUUAGACACACUUUAUUGUUAAAAGAUAUAAAAGAUAUGGAUCAGUCGAGGAGCUCGUGAAAUACUAGUCAAGGAAACUUUGUCCGAUCAGGAAGAAAGUAGUAGUAGUAAUAAAGAAACCAAACAAAUAAUAUUUAAAAUAUUGUCGAUUUUUAUAUACGUGUACAAUAAUUUAGAAAAAAAUGGAAAACUCUACAAAUAUUUUUGAUGAAUUGCACAAAGUGAUAAACGUACAAGAAGAUUCCAGAACCAAAGAUUUCUUUCUAGUAGCCAGUCCAAUUCCUACAAUUGCUUUAUCAGUAGCAUUUUUAAUCUCAGUAACGGUUCUUAUACCAACUUUUAUGAAAAAUAGAAAACCGUAUGAGCUCAAAAAUUUUGUUAUACUUUACAAUGGUUUCCAAGUUUUGUUCAGUACGUGGUUGUUUUAUGCAUUUUUAGCUGGUGGUUGGUACUUCCCGUAUUUCACUGGAAAAUGUUUCCUUCCAGGAUCUGGAAGCAAUAUGGUGUUGGCUGCUUACUGCUAUUUCCUGUCCAAAUUUACUGAAUUUGUAGACACGAUCCUUUUUGCGUUAAGAAAGAAGGACAACCAAAUUACACGCCUCCAUUUAUACCAUCACGGCAUUAUGCCAUUCGGCUCUUGGCUUGCCGCGAAAUAUGCUCCUGAUGGCCCCAUGACAUUUCUGGGAUUAAUCAACUCACUAGUUCACGUCGUCAUGUACUCCUACUACAUGCUAAGUGCCAUGGGACCAAAAGUACAAAAAUACCUGUGGUGGAAGAAAUACAUCACCAUGAUGCAACUGAUCCAGUUUAUCCUGACAUUAACUCAGUCACUAUUGACCUUCUUCUACGGUUGCAACUUGCCUACAGCAAUCAGCAUCUUUAAUAUUACUCAAAGUGUUGUCUUCUUCGUAAUGUUCUUUGACUUCUACAUGCAGUCGUACAAGAAGAAGUCUUCUUCAAAACUAGCACCUAAUGGAGUAGCCAAGACAGUUCCAGUGAAGGAAUUGAAGAGCCAGUAAAUUUAUAAUUAUAAGACU